AUGGCUCCAGCUCCCGUUUUCGAAGUCAUAUCGAGUCUCGUAGCUCUUCAAUCCAAGUCUCUCUCGUUCUUCCUCAAUGGCAAAGAAGUUACAAUCGAGAAACCGGAUCCAUUCGCUAGUUUAUUAUCUUUUGUACGCGGACAAGGCCUAACUGGAGCGAAGCUUGGUUGCGGUGAAGGUGUUUGCGGAACAUGUACUAUGGUGGUUGCUUCUUACUCGCCAGAUAAAGGAUCUCUACGAUACGACCCCGUCAAUGGCUGCUUGAUGCCACUAUGUGCAGCAGAUGGCAAACAUGUCAUCACAAUCGAAGGAGUCGGCACCGUAAAGCAACCUCAUAUCAUCCAAACUACAAUUGUUGAUAACUAUGGAUCACAGUGUGGUUACUGCACUCCUGGAAUGGUGCUAUCACUCUAUGCGCUUCUGUGUCGCAAUCCAAAUCCAAGUGAACAGCAGAUUGAAGACGCAUUUGAUGGCAACGUGUGCAGAUGCACGGGAUAUCGGCCAAUUUUGCAGGGCGCAAAGAAAUUCUGCGCAACUGCUACCGCAGAUGUUGAGGACUUGCUUGCUGUUACUCCUCCAUUCAAGUCUGCACCUGCCAUGUGCGAUCACGACAUGGACACGAAAUUACGACAAUCCUCCACCGCAUCCUCGUUUGUAUUUACCGGAGCUGAUGGCUCUCAAUGGUUGCAGCCUAACACUGUAAACGAAACAAUAAGCUUACUCGGUGCACAUCCAGAAGCACAAAUCAUAUCUGGAAACUUGGAAGUCGGUAUUGAAACCCGCUUCAAGGGCAAGAAGACCAAUACGUUGAUCUAUAUUGGAGCUAUUCAGGAAUUGACUAAAGUCAGUGUCCAUGAAAGUGGUGUUGAGUUGGGUGCUGGUUUGACGUUACAUGAAUUGGAGAAUGAGGUUACUGUGCUGAGUGAGUUGGAGGGUGCCAAGGGUAAAGGAUUUGCUGCAAUCAAGGAAUCUGUUAGGAAGAUUGUGGCUGGAGAACAAGUACGACAUACUGGUACUUUGGGAGGCAACAUCUGUAUGUCUCGCACUAUCUCUGAUUUGGCUCCUACUUUUAUGGCUUUGGGCUCCAGCGUUUACGCUGCUUCGGCUAAAGGUCGUAGAACCAUACCUCUAUCAGACUUUUAUGCUGGACUUGGUAAAAACAAACUGGCUCAAUCGGAAAUCAUGACAUCCAUUUACGUGCCUUUCCUGGAAGACAACGACUACAUCAAGGUAGCCAAAUCCAAGGCCAAAACUCGUGACGACGCACUAGCUGCUCCUACUGCAUGCUUUUACGUCCGCCUUGAUGGAGCCAAAGUUCAAGAUGCAAGAUUAUGUUUUGGCGGUGUUGCUGAGCGAACCAUGUUGGCAAAAUCGGCAUCUGAGGCGCUAAUUGGUAAACAAUGGUCCGAGUCUUUGGUUGAAGCAGCUAGCAGACUCUUGAAAAAUGAUCUUCCUCUAUACGGCAUCAACCCUGAGCAUCGAUUUAAGUUAGCCUCAGGCCUUCUCUACAAGCUCCACAUAUACCUCUCUUCACACGUACCUGGUCUACAUCCGGUCCCUCGAUCAGAAGGUGCCGACGACCUCCUCCAUCGACCACUAGCUACUGCUACAACCAGUUUCAAUAUCGUUCCCCCUUCACAAGUGGUUGGAGCUGCUGUAGUACAUAAAGCCGCUUUGCAGCAAUCUACUGGUGAAGCUGUUUAUGUUUCUGAUCAGCCACUGUUGGAAGGAGAAUGUGUCUUCAUUCCUGUACUGAGCACUGUAGCGCAUGCUCUCAUCAUCUCGAUUGAUGCUUCGGAAGCUUUGAAGGUUCCUGGCGUAGUGGACUUUGUCUCUGCCAAAGAUCUUACUGCUGAACAGAACGUUACUGGAGUCUUUGAUAUGGAUGAGGAGAUAUUUGCUAGCAAGGAGGUAUUCCAUCAAGGCCAAUUCAUUGGCGGAAUAGUUGCCAAGAAUGGUGGUGCCGGAAUGACAGCCGCCAGACUCGUCAAAGUCCAAUACAAGAUAUUACCUGUCAUAUUAUCAAUUGAUGAAGCCAUCAAACAAAAGUCUUUCUUUGGUGCUACUCCGAUGACGCAAGCUAUCCAGCAUGUUUCACGGGGAGCGCUUGCGUUCCCGGAACAAGUUAGUGAUGAUGAUAUACAAGUCGAUAUGUCACUGGCUACACAUACAAUCAAGGGCAGAAUCUGUACCUCUGCGCAAGAGCACAUGUAUUUGGAGACUAUGUCAUGCCGUGUGAUUCCAAGGAAAGAGGACGGAGAGGUUGAAGUGUAUGGUGGAGGUCAGGGAACGCAGAUUGCACACCAAAUGGCUUCCAAGGUUUUUGGUGUACCUGCCAAUCGUAUAGUCUCUCGCUCACGACGACUUGGUGGUGCAUUCGGUGGCAAGGAAAGCAGGUCGCGGUCCCUACUUGGUCCAGUCCUCGCAGCUUCCUUCAAAACCGGAUUACCCAUUCGAGCCCAAUUCUCUCGAGCCGAAGACAUGCAAGUCAUGGGAAUGCGUCAUCCAUUCCAAACUGACUAUGAAGUUGGAUUCACCGAUGACGGACGACUUAUUUCUCUUAAGGCUGAUCUUGUUUCGAAUGGAGGCUACAGUAUCGAUGCCAGUCCUAUGGUGAUGUGGAAGGCUCUACAACUGGUUGAUUCUUGUUACUUCAUCCCCAAUCUUCGACUAACUGGACGAGUUGCCAAGACUAAUUUGGUGUCUUUUACGGCUUUCAGAGGAUUUGGAGGUCCACAAGGUCUCAUCGUUGGUGAAACCAUCGUCGAUGAAGUCGCAAACAAACUCGGCAUCCCAUCACAUAUCGUCCGACAACGGAACUUUUUCAGUGAAGGACAAUCUACUUGUAUGAGAAACCCAAUUGGAGAUUUGCCUGAAUUGAUGAAGGCAAGGAAAAAAACACGAACAUACCACGCACCGGCGUGCUGGGAUCAAGUUAUGACUACGUCAGAGUUUGAAGCUCGAUUGGCUAAAGUCAAGGAAUUCAAUGCGAAGAAUCGAUUCCAUAAGAGAGGACUUUCUGCUAUUCCGACAAAGUAUAGUGUUGGAUUCAGGAUGCCAGCUGAUGCGUUGGUGCAUGCACAUCUUGAUGGUUCGGUACUCUUACUGACCGGAGCUACUGAGAUGGGGCAGGGGGUACAUACCAAGCUCAUGCAGAUUGCUGCUCAAGCUUUAGGUAUUCCUGUAGCAAGUGUCAACACCCUGGAGAACACCACAGUUGCGACGCCAAAUCAGUCAGUAACUGGAGGUAGCUUGGGUACUGAUCUUUGGGGGCCUGCUGUUUUGGCUGCAUGCAAUAUCUUGGCUGAAAGAUUAAAGCCUGUCAGGGAUGAUAUGCCUGAUGCCACCUUUGCAGAGAUUUGUACGGCCGCUCAUCACAGAGGCCUCAGUCUCUCUGCUCAUGGCCAUUCAGCAGGACCAACUACCGGAUAUUCAAAUGUCACGAAUCAAGGGGCUUCUUGUUACUACUUUACACCUGGUGUUGGAGUCUGUGAAGUCGAACUGGAUGUUCUCACAGGCGAUUAUGUCCUCUUGAGAACAGAUAUUGUUAUGGAUUUGGGAGAGUCACUCAACCCUGGCAUCGACAUUGGCCAAAUCGAAGGAGCUUACUUGCAAGGUGUCGGAUGGUCAUCAAUCGAAGAACCAUUAUGGAAUGAAUCUGGAGAUUUGUUGACUCGUGGUCCUGGAGCCUACAGAACUCCUCUACAUUUCAAUGCUCCCGCCGCAUUCAACGUUGCUAUACGAAAGGAUGGAAAGAAUAGCAGUGGGUUGAUACACUCGUCCAGAGGUGUUGGUGAACCACCACUGUUCCUUGGAGCAAGUGCGUACUUUGCUGUCAAGGAUGCUGUGAGAGCUGCAAGAUUAGAAAAUGGACUGACGGAUAGUUUUGAAUUUGAUUUACCCUGCGUUCCCAGUCGUGUAUUGAAGGCUAUUGGUGCUUAA